GUCUUCUUCUACGGGGACGCGCCUCUGACGCACCUGCAACGAUCUUCGCCCCGAGCGGAACACGCGGGUUGUUGAACCAAACAAUUCUUUCUGCCGAGUGACAACAAGACUACUCGGUACUUUAACAGCAAGGUUAUUUAACUCUGCAUCUCCCACGUUUAAACGGAGUCAAAGCAGAUCGACCGACGCACCCACAGCGGACAGCCAUUGCAUUAAAGCGUCGCUGCACAUUGUUGAGCUUUUCGGUUGCUAAAUAGGUCACCACUUUUUGUUGAUAGUCCGGCAUCGUAAACUUCAACAACAUGGUGGUGCUGAAAAGUGUUUCUCCUCCCACCGAUGGAGUGAGACACGAGCAAGCCGAGACUAGUGCCAUCCUAGAUGGCAAGGGUUUGGGCUGUGGUACCCUCUACGUCGCGGAAACGCGUCUGUCGUGGUUUGACGGAACCGGGAUGGGCUUCUCUCUGGAGUACCCGACUAUCGGGCUACAUGCCAUUUCCCGAGACCUGGGAACCUACCCGCAGGAACACCUGUACGUUAUGGUGAAUGCCAAGCUCAACGAUGAGAACGAUGCAGAGAUGAGAGAGAAUGCUGAGGAUGAAGAGGAUGAAGACGCCAGUGAUGAUGAUGGUGGUGCUGGUGAUGAUGAAGAGGGAGUGAUCAGCGAGAUCAGAUUUGUGCCCAGCGACAAGGCAGCAUUGGAGCCCAUGUUCUCUGCGAUGUGUGAGUGCCAGGCGUUGCACCCCGACCCAGAUGAUGAGGACUCUGAGAACGACUUUGAAGGAGAGGAGUACGACGUGGAGGAGGCUGAAGCUGAGCAUGGUCGGGGCGACAUCCCUUCCUUCUACACCUGUGAGGAGGGUCUCUCGUCGCUGAACUCUGAGGGCGAAGCCACCCUCAGCCGUCUGGAGGGCAUGUUGGCCCGGUCCGUCGCCCAGCAGUUCCACAUGGCCGGCGUACGGACCGACAACACCGGCGGUGACUUCGAGGAUGGGAUGGAUGUGGAGGGAGGAUCCGCAGAGGCCGGACAGUUUGAAGAUGCAGAUGCGGACGUGGAUCACUGGUAA